GUUCAACUAUGGCUUCCUUCUCGUAGUGAUGGAGGUGGACUGUUGACAAGAAGACACAUCUGAGGCUUUAUUCAUUCAUUAACUGCUGACGCGAGUUGGACUUACGAUGCAGAAGAUCAAGUCUCUUAUGGCCCGUCAGGGCCUGAAAAGCCCCCAAGAGAGCAUGGCAGACCUCAGUCCUGUGGAGAACCUGAGGAUCCCGAGCAAGGAGGAGCUGCGGGAGCUGAGGGAGCAGCCCAUCGACCCCCAGGCGGAGCAGGAAAUCAUUGACAGCAUCGAGGAGGUCUACUUCUCAAAUGACUCCUUCGACAUGGUGCAGCAUGAACUGGAGAAACUCCCGCCCGAGUUGAACCUGCAGGAGCUGGAGGAAUACAGGGACAAACUUAAAAGGCAACAGGCUGCAGUUUCCAAAAAGGUCGCCGAUCUCAUUCUGGAGAAGCAGCCUGCUUAUGUGAAGGAGUUGGAGAGAGUGACGGCGUUACAGACCAACCUGCAGCUGGCAGCAGUCAUUUGCACUAAUGCAAGGAGGCAACUGAGUGUGGCAAAGGAAGGCUUCACCGAGGCCAGCCUUGGUCUUCUGGCAAAUCAGAGAAGGCGACACCUGCUAACAGGCCUGCUGAAGUCUCUGAGGACCAUCAAGACCCUGCAAAGAACGGAUGUAAGACUCAGCGAGAUGCUCGAGGAAGAAGAUUAUCCAGGUGCAAUCCAGCUCUGUCUGGAAUGUCAGAAGGCUGCCAGCACCUUUAAACACUACAGCUGCAUCAGUGAAUUGAAUUCCAAACUACAAGACACUCUGGAGCAAAUUGAGGAGCAGCUUGAUGUCGCCCUGUCGAAGACUUGCAAGCACUUUGAUGUCUCGCACUACACCAAGGUCCAGCUGGCCUACACGCUACUGGGAAAAACACAGACUGCUAUGGACCAGCUACACAUGCACUUCACCCAGGCCAUCCACAACACAGUGUUCCAAGUUGUGCUGGGAUAUGUCGAGCUGUGUGCUGGCAAUGCCGAUACCAAGUUCCAGAAGAUGCAGUAUAAGGAUCUGUGCACGCAUAUUACCCUGGACAGCUACAUUCCCUGUCUGACAGAUCUGUGCAAGGCAUUGUGGGAGGUGAUGCUGAGCUACCACCGCACUAUGCAGUGGCACGAGGAGCGUGACAAACAGGAGACCACACCCACUCCAGAGGAUGCCGCUGCAGCUGAGUCUGAUGAGCUGGUGGUAGACCGCAGUUAUGUAAAGAAGAAGUUGGAGCAUGGACUGACACGCAUCUGGCAGGAUGUCCAGUUGAAAGUGAAGGCCUACAUCCUGGGGACAGACAUGUCUAACUUCAAAUACGACGAUUUCAUAGUGGUACUGGAUGUCAUCAGCAGGUUGAUGCAGGUGGGUGAGGAGUUUUGUGGCAGUAAGUCUGAGGUCCUGCAGGAGUCUAUCAAACGCCAGAGUGUUAACUACUUUAAAAACUACCACAGGGCCCGACUGGAAGAGCUGAGGAUGUUUCUAGAAAAUGAGACUUGGGAACUGUGUCCAGUCAAGUCUAACUUUAACAUAGCCCAGCUUCAUGAGUUUAAGUUUAUGGGUCAGUGUCGCUCGCCAUCAGUGUCCCCGAGCAGGCAGGCUGCAUCUUCGACCAGUCCGGCCCAGGAGGAGCUGUCUCUGUUCCAGCAGUACCUGCGAGAGGGAAACCCCUUUGAGAUGCACAUUGAGCACAAAGAAGAGGAGACGGAGGAUGUGCUGGCAUCUAAUGGGUACGAGUCAGACGAGCUGGAAAAAAAUGUGUAUCAGGAUUACGACAGUGACAGCGAUGUCCCCGAGGAGCUCAAGCAGGACUAUGUUGACGAGCAGACCGGUGAUGCUCCUUUAAAGAGUGUGCCCCGAGAGACCAUGAGAAGCAAGAAGAAGUCAGACUACAACAUCAAUAAGACCAACGCACCAAUUCUCACCAACACCACCCUCAACGUCAUCCGGCUUGUUGGAAAGUACAUGCAGAUGAUGAACAUUUUGAAGCCAAUUGCCUUUGACGUCAUCCACUGUGUGUCACAGCUCUUCGACUACUACCUUUACGCUGUGUAUACUUUCUUUGGACGCAAUGACAUGUAUGAGUCAUCAGGUCUGGGCCUUAUCAGCAGCAGACUGAGAACCACACUGAACCGGAUCCAGGAGAGCCUCAUUGAUAUGGAGGCUGUCGGGGAGAAUGCGGGAGUGCACGGCCCAGCAGAGGACAGGAAGGAGAAGGUACCCAGCCCCCAUCUCAGCCAGCUGGUGGUCCUCACUAAAAGCGGGACUCUCUACGGGCUGGCACAAAGGGUGGUGGCUACUGAGUCUCUUGUGUUUCUGGCAGAGCAGUUUGAGUCCUUGCAGUCCCACUUGGACACAAUGAUGCCUGCAGCCAAGAAGCCUUUCCUACAACAGUUUUAUUCCCAGACGGUGUCUACAGCCAGUGAACUGCGGAAGCCAAUUUACUGGAUCGUGGCAGCCAAGGCCAUCGACUAUGAACAAAUGUUGCUCAUGAUGGCCGGAGUUAAGUGGGACAUUAGGGAGAUAAUGUCACAGCACAAUGUAUAUGUGGAUGUCUUGUUAAAGGAGUUUGAGCAAUUCAACAAGCGGCUGGGUGAAGUUUCCAGACAUGUGCGCAUCCCCCUGCCUGUGUCCAACGUCCUGUGGGAGCACUGCAUCCGUUUGGCCAACAGGACUCUUGUUGAGGGCUAUGCUAAUGUGAAGAAAUGCAGCAACGAGGGCCGAGCCCUGAUGCAGCUGGAUUUUCAGCAGUUCCUAAUGAAGCUGGAGAAGCUGACUGACCUGCGCCCCAUCCCUGAUAAGGAGUUUGUUGAAACCUAUAUCAAGGCCUAUUACCUGACUGAGAAUGAUAUGGAGCAGUUCAUCAAGAAUCACAGGGAGUACUCCAUGAAGCAGCUAGCCAACUUGGUGAACGUUUGUCUUGGUUCACAUAUAAACAAAAAGGCUCGCCAGAAACUUCUGGCGGCCAUUGAUGACAUUGACAGACCCAAGAGAUAGAGCAAUGCACCGAUGGAAGCUCACACAUACCGUUCAGCCCACAGAGGUGGACCCUCCAAGAGUGUAGCUCAGCAUUGACUGUGUUCAGUUUCAAAUUAAAAGCUUUUUUUUUUUUUUUUUUUUUAAAGCAAACUGUAAAGUAGUAGUAGAGCUGUUGUGCAGUAGCUCUGCUACUCCAAAUGAUCUAAUUAACUCUUAAUCUAGUCUUCAUAUGGUAAAAACAUAAACUCUUGCUAGCUGAAUGCACCUUUUGACUUGCUGAUAUACAUAAAUGCUAAGCUUCUGUUUACACCCAAGCAUGCUGCAGGCAUUCUAUGCAUAUAUGGACCAGAAUGCAUGCCGUCAUGUUUUCUUACAACAAACAUGCAGCUUGUGACUUUUUUCUGCAGCCACAACAGCUUACAUCUAUUUGUUGUUCCCGGGUUUGUUUGUCCAGAUGAUAAACUGCUACAAAUACAGGCUCUCUCGGUGUGAUGCGGUGUGUCCGUUUACUAUGUGGCUGUUUGUGGCAUUCUACCCUCUUCCAUUAAAAAAAAGAAAAGAAAAAGAAAAAAAGCAGUGGAAAUGUCUGAGUGGCUAAAUCUGACUUUCUUAAUGUGGUUAUGCUUUGUGAAAAAUACAUCCCAUGAGAAAAUGUCAGUAGCCCUUUAUUGUCUGAGUGUUCACACACACACAAGUCAGUGGUUUGGGGUUCCUGUUGACCUUAAUCACUCACUAUGACUUAUUCCAGGCCAUAUGUUUGCUGUAGAUUAUUUCACUUCGGGGUAUUUGCGGCGCCUGACUGGAUUCUCCGCUUGUGCAUUUUGUUAGUUUUGUUAAUGAAUUAGAUAAAUCUAAUAUAAUGAUGAUUCUGAAAGUAGUAUAAAUUGCUGUAGUUAGCAUUAAUAUGAUUGGAUUAUAUCUGCACCAGCUGCAUUUGUUUGCCUGCCAUCUGUCAUAUCUGAGUGGGGAAUUAUUUGUGAAGAGUUUGUGAAAGUGCUUAUCCUGGACUUCAGUCUUUGGCCUUUUGCUGAGCAGUAGAAUUUGGCUCAUUUUUUUAAAAAUCUAGAUAUGUGUGUAGCUUUUCUCCAAGGCUUCCGCCUUUAGUUAUCUCCAAUAGUUUAACCUGACCAGACCUGCAGAGUUGUUAACUGUUAAAAGUGUGGAGAGAAAAAAAAAAAAAGGUUUUUGAUACACCUUCAUAUAUAUUUUGUGUGCAGCUAUUACAAGAAGAAUACUGUAAAUGUGAAUGUUUGAGCAAUGUCUGUAUUUAUUUCUUGCUUUGUGUCUUAUCUGGGUUUUUAUAUGAUAACUGCUGGAAGUGUACUGUAAUUUAUCACCUCUCAGUAUGUUGUGACUUAUCACCUGAAGCAGAAACAAAUAUUUAAAACUGUCAUUUUAUGUUAAAGGUCAAGUUCACUAUGUUAAAUAAAAAAAUAAUAAUAAUAAUCAGUGUUGGAAUUGUAGGUUGAACCACAGUGAUUC